AAUUGCAAUCAAGCAGAUCUACUGUAUGCUACUUUCUAAUUUCCUGGGCCUAAUUUGCUUUUUAAUAACUAAUUUCUUCAAAACCCUCUUCUAGACCUACAGAUUGAUGGGCGGAGCAGACACAUGCUGUUAAGGGGUCCACACUCUGAUUUUCAGCAUAUGUUCACACAAAAUUCUAAUUAUCUUGGCAUCUCCCACUGCUCUUUUAAGGAAAUGCACCCUGUUAUUGCCUAGUGCCUACUUAAGUUGUUUCUUCUCCUCGGUUGGCUCAUCAACUCCUCGUAUCAGAAAUUGAACCUGCCGCUACUUCUAACAAUUUGCUUUGGAAGACCCAAGUUGGUUAUCAGUGUCCAACUUUACCUAUUUCCUCCACUAAUCUUGCAUUGUAAGUACACCAUCUAUCUAUAUCUUCAAGGAAAUUCAUCAAUGGACAAAAUUGUUGAGAAAUUUGAGAAUUAUGUAGACCACUGCAGAAAACUUGAAGAAGAUCUGAAUGAGUUAGAAAGCGAAUGUCAGGUUCUAAAGAGGAGAAAAACUGACGUUAAUUCAAGAAUACAAGUAGAGGUUCACUCGGGCCAAGUGGUCAAAGAAGAAGUAAAGGGAUGGCUUGAAGAUGUUCGAAAGAUCGAACAAGACAUACAAGAUGUUAAAGAAAGAGCAAUCACAGUUCCAUACUACAAACGUGCCAGUCUUGAUGAAGAUGUGCAUAAAAAAAUUGAAGAGGUGAAGAGGAUUCAAGAGAGGGGCAAUUUCAAAGGAGGCCUUGGGAUUGAGAGAGCUCCAGCUUGUGGAAUUGAAAUUCCAACAGAAAACUUAGAGGGUGAAAUUUCUACUAAAGAUGAAAUUUGGGAGCACUUGAUGGGCAAUAAAGUUGGAAUGAUUGGGGUUUGUGGUAUUGGUGGCGUUGGUAAGACUACAAUCAUGAAGCAUGUUAACAAUGAUUUGUUGACAGGGAGUAGAUUCCAGAAAGUGAUUUGGGUUACUGUAUCAUAUCCUCUCAAUGUUUUUGAAUUACAAAAGAAGAUUGCUAGUAAAAUGAAAGAAACACUUCCAGAAGAUGAAGAGGUGAUGAUGCGAGCAGCAGCACUAAUGGAAAUAAUGAGAAGAGUGAGAUUUGUGCUGAUAUUAGAUGAUGUAUGGGAAAGGUUCUCUCUCAGCGAUGUUGGAAUUCCGGAACCGACGGUGCAAAAUGGGAUUGUUAAAGUGCAACCUCUUUCACAAGAGGAGUCUCUAACUCUAUUCCUCAAUAAGGUUGGGCAUGAUGUUUUACAAAUUUCUGGGUUGGAAAAAAUCUUGCAGAUUAUUGUGAAGGAGUGUGCUGGUUUACCACUCGCUAUUGUUGUGAUAGCAGGGAGCAUGAAAGGAGUGGAUGAUAUUAAGGUGUGGAGAAAUGCACUGACUGAAUUACAAGAUUGUGUUAAGAGUGUGAAAGGUUCAGAUGAUGAGAUAUUUACACGGUUAAAAUUUAGUUUUGAUCGUUUGCCUGAUGAGAAAAUCCAGAAUUGUUUUCUUUAUUGCUCCUUGUUUCACGAAGAUUAUUCAUAUGAAGAUUGUUCAUUGGACAGGGAGGAAUUGAUAGAAGGUUGGAUUGAUGAAGGAUUAAUGGAUGGAUUGAGAAGCAGGGAAGCAGCUUAUGACAGGGGCCAUGCCUUUUUAGAUGUUCUUGAAAAGAAUAGCUUGUUAGAGAAACAUUUCGAGAGGAAAAUUAAGAUGCAUGAUGUUGUGAGAGACAUGGCUAUCAGAAGCAUUGGUCUUGGAGUUGGAUAUAUGGUAAAAAGUAAAACUGGUUGGAAAUUGACAGAGGUACCAAAUGAACAUGAGUGGGCCAGAGAUCUUAAGAAGGUAUCUUUAAUGGCAAAUGACAUUUCAAAAAUUCUUGUUGGAUUGACUCCAAAGUGUUCGACCUUAUCAACUUUGAUAUUAUCGAACAAUCCUUUGACAGAGAUUCCAGAAUCCUUUUUUGAGGAUAUGAGUGGACUCAAGGUUCUUGAUCUUUCUAAAACUGAUGUUGAAGCUUUACCUAGUUCCAUCUCUAAGCUGAAGUAUCUCUCUGCAUUGCGGUUAAAGAGGUGCCACAAGUUAAAGUGCUUGCCUUCCUUAGAGAAGCUUGUGGCAUUGAAGAAGUUGGAUCUGCUAUUUGCAGGAAUUGAGGUGGUCCCUCAAGGCAUGGAGAUGUUAGUAAGUCUUGAAUAUCUUAAUUUAUCUUGUACACGUUUGAAAGAGAUUCCAACAGGAAUAUUGUCUAAAUUAUCUAGUCUCCAGUAUUUGGUGGUAACAAGUUCUUUGGAAAACUCUGGUGUAAAGAUAAACAUAGAAGAGGUUGCUAGAUUAAGAAAGUUGGAGAUUUUAAAUUGUAUUUGUGAUGACAUGCAAGACUUUAAUCAUCUUUUGACUGAGUUUAAAAAUUUCAAGAAUUUUAUUGCUUACGGGCUUGGAGUAGGAAAACAAAGCUAUAAUAGGCUAAUUUUCCAACGUGAACAUAAAUACAAACUCAGAAUUAGGGAGAGUGACAUUGGAGAAAAAUGUAUAGUGCUUCCAGAUAAACUUCAGCAUUUGCGGAUCCAUAAAUGCAAAAACAUCAGAAGUGGCUUCAACAAAACAGCUUUGUUAGAAAAUGCAACCGAGUUGGUUGUUUGUGUUAUUAGUGAUUGUGAAGAGAUAGAGUACAUGGUUGAGUUGAAUUCAUCCUCCUCAUCAUCGUGUAAACCAGUAUUUGAUAAGCUUGAAAGUCUGUAUCUUUGGGGUUUGUCUAGGUUGCGGGCACUCGUGAGAGUGGAAGGAGUAGCAACACCGCUACGCGUCUUUUCCAAUUUGAAGAGACUUGAAAUAGAUGGAUGUUCAAGAAUGAGGCAGUUGCUUCCACUUGAGCUACUGCAGGCCUUCCAAAACUUAGAGGAGAUUCAUGUUGAAGGUUGUGAACAAAUGGAGAAGAUAAUAGUCUCAUCGGAUUCAGAUGCAUCAUCGGAUAAAUUCAGUUUCAUUUUUCCUAAAUUAAGGAGUUUGUGGUUGUGGAGGUUACCCCAAUUGAAGAGCAUCUGCAGUGCCAAAGGAGUUAUGGUUGGCGAUUCUAUUGAAACAAUUUCGAUAACGGAAUGUCCUGAGUUAGAGUUAAAGAGGAUCCCUGUGCAGCUUCCAAUGCUUCAUAAUGGUCAACCAUCUCCUCCUCCUCAUCUCAGAGGAAUUUGGAUAGAUAGACCCAAAUGGUGGGAAUCAUUGGAGUGGGAUCAUCCUAACGCUAAGAACAUACUCCAACCUUUCUUGAAAUAAAUUAAUUAUUGAAUGAUGACUGUAGAGUAGCAGAUGUGUGUAAAUAAUAAGUCACGUGCAACAACAAUAACACGUGGUAGUAGAAGCUUUUGCCCUACAACACACGAUAGGAAAAAUGAUGUAAGGAAGGAGGUCUUCUGGAAGAGAGGAGAUUGAGAUGCAACCACCCUCUGCACUCAUGUCUUAAAACGCCAAUUAUCUCUGAUAUUGCAUUUAGGAUCUUUUAUCAAGCAAAGGCAACUUCUCUUGGUGGGGCAGCAAAGCAAAAGAAAAAUGAGACUCAGCCAGGGCCAAUACUCCUUGACAUGGUUGACAAUAAUCUUGUUUUUGUUUC